GGAGGAAUGAAUUCAAAAGCGCUUCCUUGUGUGGCUGAUUGACAGCAGUACACGCGAUGGAGAGUAUAUAAAAGCAGAGAGCAGCCCCUCGCAAGCCACUGGAAGAAAUCUCAGCCAGACUACAGCAGAUUCCGCAGCCCCGAGGAAGCCUGGAGUUUGCACUUCGCUUUUUCAAAUAACUCCCGCUCUCUUGCUUUUUGGAUUUGAUUUGGAGCGUUAACAAUAAAAGAGCAGCAGCAGAUCCUUUUAUGCCGGGAGUUAUGCUACAGAGGAGCAGGCUGUUGUGGCUAAUUGUCUUGCUAACUUUGUGGGCUUCUUCAAAUGCUCAGGAUGGUAACAAGGAAGAUGAGACUACGUUUGACUUAUUUCAAAUCAGUAACAUAAGCCGAAAGACAAUUGGAGCAAAAUUAUUUCGGGGUCCAAAUCCCACCGUCCCGGCAUAUCGUUUCAUCCGAUUUGACCAUAUACCUCCAUUUAAUCCAGAGAAAUUCAAACAGAUUCUCAACCUCAUCCGGAAAAAUGAGGGCUUUAUUCUUUCAGCCACCCUAAGGCAGGACAGGCAAUCCAGAGGUACUAUCAUUGCUUUAGAGGGCCCUGGCAUCUCUCAGAGACAGUUUGAGAUUAUUUCCAAUGGCCGAGCCAAUACCCUGGACCUUAUCUAUUGGGCAGAUGGCUCCCAGAAUGUAAUUUCCUUGGAAGAUGUGGACCUAGCAGACUCACAUUGGAAGAACCUCACAGUGCAAGUAACAGGGGAGAACUACAGCCUCUAUGUUGGUUGUGACCUUAUUGACAGCUUCAUCCUGGAGGAGCCUUUCUAUGAGCAGCUGAAAGCAGAGAACAGUAGAAUGUAUGUGACAAAGGGGUCCAUUCGAGAGAACCAUUUCAGGGGUCUAAUUCAAAAUAUUCAUUUAAUUUUUGAUACUUCAGUAGAGGAUGUUCUGCGUAACAAAGGAUGUCAGAGGAGCCAGACAACUGAAGUGAACACUAUCAAUGAGAGUACUGAAAUCCUUCACCUUAACCCUGCUGUCACCACGGAGUAUGUUGGUGAACAGACAGAGAAGACGAUGGAGUUCUGUGACCGCUCCUGUGAAGAGCUGGGAACUAUGUUCACUGAGCUCACUGGGUUGCGCAUUGUUGUUAACAAUUUAGUGGAUAACCUUCAAAAAGUGUCUGAGGAGAAUCAAAUUAUGUGGGAAUUGAUUGGGCCUAACAAAACUCUAAAGAACCAGUCGGUCUGCUGGCAGGAUGGUCGUGCCUUUGCAGAUAAUGAAAACUGGGUUGUGGAUAGCUGUACCAAAUGUACCUGCGAGAAUUCUAAAACCGUGUGCCAUCAAAUCACUUGCCCAGCAGUGUUUUGUGCCAAUCCAUCAUUUAUUGAAGGUGAAUGCUGUCCUGUCUGCUUUCAUUCCAAAGACAGUGAAGAUGGUUGGUCUCCAUGGUCGGAGUGGACAGAGUGCUCAGUGACAUGUGGCUCUGGAACACAGCAGAGAGGAAGGUCAUGUGAUGUCACCAGCAACACUUGUGUAGGCCCGUCCAUCCAGACAAGAACGUGUAGUCUUGGCAGAUGUGACAAUCGCAUACGUCAAGAUGGUGGCUGGAGUCACUGGUCUCCUUGGUCUUCCUGUUCUGUGACCUGUGGAGUAGGCAACAUCACUCGCAUCCGUCUCUGCAAUUCCCCCAUCCCGCAGAUGGGUGGGAAAAUUUGUAAAGGAAGUGGCCGUGAAACAAAAGAAUGUGAGGGAGUCCCAUGUCCAGUUAAUGGUAGAUGGGGUCCUUGGUCUCCAUGGUCCACAUGCUCUGUCACCUGUGGAGGAGGGAUCCGUGAGAGGUCUCGUCUCUGUAACAGCCCAGAGCCACAGUAUGGAGGAAAGAAAUGUGUGGGAGAUGUCAUGCAACAUGAUAUAUGCAACAAGAAUGAUUGCCCAAUUGAUGGGUGUUUGUCAAAUCCGUGCUUUCCUGGAGCAGAAUGCAGCAGUUACCCUGAUGGGUCUUGGUCAUGUGGCCCAUGUCCAGCUGGGUACCUCGGUAAUGGAACAGUGUGUGAGGAUCUUGAUGAGUGUAUAGCUGUGCCAGACGUUUGUUUUAAGGUGAAUCAGGUCCAUCGCUGUGUGAACGCAAAUCCAGGGUUCCACUGCCUGCCCUGCCCUCCACGCUACAAAGGAAAUCAGCCUUUCGGGGUGGGCCUGGAGGCUGCCAAGACAGAAAAGCAAGUGUGUGAACCUGAAAAUCCAUGCCUAGAUAUGACACACAGCUGCCACAAAUCUGCAGAGUGCAUCUACCUAGGCCAUUUCAGUGACCCUAUGUACAAGUGUGAAUGUAGAACAGGAUAUGCUGGUGAUGGACGCAUCUGCGGUGAAGAUUCUGACCUGGAUGGUUGGCCCAAUAGCAACCUGGUCUGUGCUGCCAAUGCUACUUACCAUUGCAUGAAGGAUAACUGCCCCCAUCUGCCUAAUUCUGGACAGGAAGACUUUGAUAAGGAUGGCAAAGGUGAUGCCUGUGAUGAAGAUGAUGACAAUGAUGGGGUAGAGGAUGACAAAGACAAUUGCCCUCUUCUGUUCAACCCCCGUCAGUUUGAUUAUGACAAGGAUGAAGUUGGUGACCGUUGUGAUAAUUGCCCGUAUGUGCACAACCCUGCUCAGAUUGACACUGAUAAUAACGGAGAGGGUGACUCAUGUGCUGUGGAUAUUGAUGGUGAUGACAUUUUUAAUGAACGAGAUAACUGUCCAUACGUUUACAACACUGACCAGAGAGAUACAGAUGGGGAUGGAGUAGGUGAUCAUUGUGAUAACUGUCCAUUGGUGCACAAUCCCGAUCAGACUGACAUAGAUAAUGACCUGGUUGGUGACCAGUGUGACAACAAUGAGGACAUAGAUGAAGAUGGCCACCAGAACAACCAAGAUAACUGCCCCUACAUCCCCAAUUCUAACCAGGCUGACCAUGAUAAGGAUGGCAAAGGGGAUGCAUGUGAUUCUGACGAUGACAAUGAUGGUGUUCCUGAUGACAGGGACAAUUGUCGGCUCAUGUUCAACCCUGACCAAAAGGACUCUGAUGGUGAUGGCAGAGGUGAUAUCUGCAAAGAUGAUUUUGACAACGACAGUGUCCCAGAUAUUUAUGACGUGUGCCCCGAAAAUAUUGACAUCAGUGAAACUGACUUCAGAAAGUUCCAGAUGGUCCCCCUGGAUCCAAAGGGAACAGCUCAAAUUGACCCCAACUGGGUUAUUCGCCACCAGGGCAAAGAACUGGUGCAGACUGCCAACUCUGAUCCUGGCAUAGCAGUAGGUUUCGAUGAGUUCACCUCUGUUGACUUCAGUGGCACAUUCUAUGUUAACACAGACCGUGAUGACGAUUAUGCCGGGUUUGUGUUUGGUUAUCAGUCCAGCAGUCGAUUUUAUGUUCUGAUGUGGAAGCAAGUCACACAGACCUACUGGGAGGACAAGCCCACCAGGGCUUAUGGUUAUUCAGGGGUAUCACUCAAAGUAGUGAACUCCACGACUGGCACUGGUGAGCACUUGAGAAAUGCUCUCUGGCACACUGGAAACACACCUGGACAGGUACGUACCUUGUGGCAUGACCCCAAGAAUGUUGGCUGGAAAGAUUAUACUGCCUAUAGGUGGCAGUUGAUUCACAGGCCUAAAACAGGAUUAAUAAAAGUUUUAGUAUAUGAAGGAAAACAGGUCAUGGUAGACUCUGGACCAAUCUAUGAUACGACCUAUGCUGGUGGACGAUUAGGUCUUUUUGUCUUCUCUCAAGAAAUGGUCUACUUCUCUGACCUCAAAUAUGAAUGCAGAGAUUUCUGAGCUAUGGUUGCUACAUUACCAGCAAAGUACUGUAGAUGCUGUGCAACCUAGACACCUCAGUACAUCCUGGUACUCCCAACUUCUCUUUCUGUGUACCUCCUCCUCCUCCGGCCUUCUGUUCAACUAACCUUGUACCUCCCUGCUGCCAAGAGUGGCUUAGCCAAUCCUGCGCUCAAGUGCCUUCUGAAAACUAAGACUAAUGGGACCUAAAUGUGAGCGUCCAACCCACCACUGAAGCAAAAGCAGAUUGAUACAUUAGAACAUUUUUGUAGAGUGAAAACUUAGCAAGACUUGUUUAUUUGUUUUUUUACAAAGGAAUGACGUUUACAUAUAAAGUGUAAUUACUUAAUGUAUUUAUAUAUAUAUGGAGAAAAAGGGGAUGCAUAUCAUCCAUUGUCUUAAACUAAGUGGGAAAAAAAGUGUUAAAACCACUUUUUUAUGCGUAGGGUUGACACUUCCCUUGCUCCGAUCAGGGCUGGACCUCAGUAACACAAAACCUCUGAGCCUAAUUUCAGUAAAAUAACAAAGGGACCACACCAACAAUAUCUAGCCUAAUAAGGAAGAAGCCAUUGGAGAAUAAAGUGAAGGCCACAUAAUAUGAAGAUGGCUUGAUGCAAAAAGAUCUUUCAGCUGAUAAGGAUGCUUUUACUAACUCUUCAAAAAUACCUUUUAAGAUUAGAAGUUGCUGAAACUUCAGAUUUUUAGUUUCAAAUAAUGUCUAACUAGAAAUAACAAUGCAUGUUAUUUGUAUGGACUUAAAUCAGGACAAAUACAAUUGAACCAGCUCUUAAACUUCAACAUAAGAAAGCAUAGCAAUUCAGUUAAGCACAUAAGGCCAUCCACUGUGGCUUUUAUAAAAUGGUUUCCAGUUGGCCAGUGUACAUCUUUUUUUGCAUUCCCUCUUGCUAAACAUAUUUCAUGACCAUCUGGAACAAGUUGAACCUGAACCACUUUUCCAUCUCUGCUGCAAAAAGCACUUUGACAUCCUGAAUCCUGAUCUAGGAUUAUGAAAAGGUAGCCACGCUACCAUUACCUGAUUUGGAAAUUCGGAAAUUAAGGUUCCAGUUAUAAAUAUUUUGUUAAUAUUUAUCAUGAUUACACAUACUGCUACCUUCUCUGAUAAUUUAUUUUUAAAGCCUGUCAUACAGUGCAUUAGUAAUGCAUUAUUAACAAAUAAUGCUAGAACAAUCUGUUAAAAAAGCAUAUCACAACAUGAAGAUAUCAUUGAAGCAAUGUACACCCUUGUUUAAACAUGCGGUUUUAGGUCAUUACAAUCCAGCAUGCUCUAAAGUAGCACAUGAUUAAAUAAAUAAUAAUGAGGAAUUUAUAAAUGGAACCUUAAUAUAUAUAUACGGUUAUCCUAAUUUUAGUAUUUUGUAUUGUUACCUAUGUCUGCUGUAUAUAGAACUGUUUUAUUUUUUAAAUAAUGCUGAAGGGAUACCAGUGUUUAUUCUAACCAGAUACAACAGUUAUUCAGUUAUACAAUAGUAUGCAAGUAUUUAACACUUUUUUGUUUUGUUUAAGAUGUAUGAGCUUUGUUCACAAAAAAAACCUCUUGCUGGUGUAAUUUUAAUCACAGAUGAGGUUUACUAAGGGAAUACAGUAUCUCUUGCCUUAUCAUAGGGCAUGGUGAGCCAAAUGUUGACUCAGCUCAUUUUUUCCUUUUAAAUAGAUUUUACUGCUAUAUUCAUUAGAAAGAAUUCACAGUUUGGGGCUUUAUUGCACAUUUUACAGUCUCUUUAUAUUAACAAACCCUUUUUUAAAAAAAAAAAAAUCCUCCUUAUGAGGUUUUUUGAGUUUGUUGCAAUUCAUACUUUUGUUGUUUCAAAUUGUAUCCCCAAGUCCCAAUGAGAAAGUGGGGAGAUUUCAUUAAAUGUAAUGAUUGUGAUGGACGUGUAGGGUUUUUUGGUUUGGUUUUGUGAAAGCAUGACAUCAGUGUGGGGAUGAAGAUGUUAAUAUUUAGAUUGUACCAUAAUUUUCCUAUUCUAUGUAAAUUAUUUAUGAAGAUUUUCUUUUUUCUUUUUCUUUUUUUCUUUGCAAGGGUGUGUGUGUGCAUGUGAGAGAAAAAAGGAGGGAGAGAAUGAGAUCAAUGAAACUUCACUUUGUUUUGCCAAAGAUUGUAAAUAAUUAUUUAUUUGUUUACACAGACAAAAUUCACCAUUUAACAUCCUGCUUCAUUUAGUCAGAUCAUCAUUUUUUAUAUUUUAACAAUUAAUGAUAGGAAAUAAACUGUAAAAAGGUUUUAUAAAAAAAAAAUCUCUUUACCUUUUUUAUAGUUAAAAAUGUUUCUUUAAAAAAGAAAAAAAGAAAGAGCUACCAGGCCCUGAAACUCUCUGGUAACUAAACAAACCUGUUGCUUGGUUAUAAAUCAUUUCAUGUCAAACGGAUCUGUUGGUUAGUUACAAAUCAUUGAGUAUAUUUUAAGGAUGUAACAGCAGGCUUCCUGGUCUCAUUGAAAAGAGCCAUAAUUCCACAUAAUAACACGGCUACCCCCUGAUACUUGACAUAAUUCCACUUGAGCCACUUAAUCUCUUGGUGAACCACCCAAAAUUGUUUUAUUUCUGACACUAUAAUUGAGAAAUUCACUCCUGCUUCUUGUCAUUGCCAGACAAAUGCACAGGUUUCUGCACUGGAUCUUGGCCCAGCGUAACUGAACAGAUGUAUAGUUUGGUCCUGUAAUCCUUACUCCCACACAUCCUAUUGAAGUCAAUGGGAUAUAUUAGUGUGAAUAAAGAUUACCCACACAAUCAAGGGUUUCAGGAAUGAGCGCUUUGGGAUGGUUCACACAGAACAAGAAAUGAGAAAAAAAAUCUCAAAACAACACGAUGAUAAGAUGAUGGUAGAUGAUAAACUGCAAUCAUUUGGAGAGGGGGCAGGUGAAUUGGUUUAGAAAAAACAAGAACACCCAUCAUGCCAAAACUUUGCAAACUUUGCAAAAUGAACCUGAACCAAACAUUUCUUUAAAUGUCUGAAUAGGCCUGCACACCCCCAACUUUAAUUUUCACGUGCCUUUCCAAUUUGGUGUUCCAACGGGGAUUGGAAACAAAAGUUUGUUCAGGUGACACUUCUAGAUAUGAUCUGAAGUAUGAGAAAUGUCACACAAGAAAGCCAUAGAAUCUUUUGCUAAAACCCCAAAAUCUUUCGAAAGCAUAUCUGAACUGAUUCCGAUCUCCAGGCUUGUGGAGAGUUAUCCAUCACUAGCUUUGACUGCCAUUUGGGCUGCAGAGGCAAAGGCUGUUUUGACAUAUUGUGGCAGAUAGCCUCAGAGAAAGGAAAAGUCUAAUAACAACAGCAUGACAAAAAUACAGGGUGUCUGAAGAAAAUAGGGAUGAAAAUGCCUGAAAAGAAAGUACUGCUACGAGUUAAUGCAUUCAUAUAAAACAAUAACAUACUCUGACUUUCCUUCAUAUUUCUAGCUAAAUUAGAACUGAGGACCUUGAAGAAGUUCAGAAACAUUUGGUUAACAUUUGAAAAAAAAACAUUUUUUUUUUUUGCAGCCUCUGAACUUCUUUUUUCAAGAUGGAAAUGGAAAGAAAAGUGUUGAAAGAGACCAAAAAGCAGACUAUUUCUUCAGUGUGGUGGGAGCAGUGGGCCAGUGACUAGAAUUGAGUUCUGGUUCUGACACUGAUUUGUUUUGUCCACUGUCACACAUCACUUACAGUCUUUGGGCCUCAGUUGCCCUGUGUAUAGAACAGGAAUGAUAAAAUUUGCCCUCCAUGGCAAAGUGCUUUGAGAUCUGUGGGUGAAAAGUGCUAUAUAAUUGCCAUGUAUUAUUAUUUCUGGACCAAACAAACCAAUCAAUACUGAAAAUCCCAUGAAAGCAAGUUAUGACUAGAUUUCCAGUCCAAUUUUGCAGCAGUUUAGCUAUUUUAGAUAAGUUUCAGCUAGGCCUCUGAAUUUUAGAGUGUUUAUCUGAACUGAGCUACUGAAUCUUUAAAAGUUUGUUCAGCACCAGGUUAAAAUAUCUACAAGGGUUUUCAUCCAUGAGGAAGACAAAAACAAGAGUCAGACCUGUGACCUCUCAUGUUAAACAGCCUGAAAAGUAGCAUAAGUAAUGUUAACAUCUGUGUCUACAAUAGGUGUUGGAAGUAGGAGUGCUGGAGGUGCUGCCGCACCCACUGGCUUGAAGUGGUUUCCCUCAUAUACAGCAUUUACAAUUUGGUUCAAUGGCUCUCAGCACCCCCACUAUAUAAAUUGUUCCAGCACCCCUGAUGUCUACUGCUUGCUAGUUUCAUUCUGGGACAGCAGUUGAACAGAAUGUAAGUCAGUGAGCCAAAUCCUGAUCUUGGUGAACUCGGUGGGAGUUUUGCCGUUGACUUCAAUGGGAUCUGGGUUAGGUUCAGUGUUCAAUUUUCACAGCAAAAGUCAGUAAAAGAAAAGCUAAUGCUCACAUGGGAACAUCUGCUGUACAAAGCCAUUUGAAAAAUAAAUAACUAUGUAAUAACUUGGCAAAGAUUUGUUCCCAACAUGGAGGGGACCACCCCUGUAGAGCAGGAAGGGAGACCUUGAAACAAAAGGAACAUAGAACCACUCAAACCAAAGGGCCAUCUGAUUCAGUAUCCUGUCUCUUGACAGGGGCCAAAAUCAAAUGCUUCAGCGGAAGGUGUAAAACCCAUAUGAUUAAAAAUAAUACAUUAACAUGCCUAUGGGGGAAAUGUUCUUCCUAGCCCCAUGCAUUAAAGGCUAGUGGUUGGCUUAUGUCCUGAAGCAUGAGUGUUGUUUACUUUAGCAAGCUAAUAUAAUUGCAGAUAAUCUUAUUAUUCCUGUUUGUGUCUAAUUUAUUUGAAUGCCACUUCUUGGCCUCAGUAAACUCCAACAGUGAGUCCCACAGUUUGAUCAUGCAUGACAUAAAAUAUAUAUUUCCUCUUAUCAGUUGUAAAUGUAUUACCUUUUCCUUUCAUUGGAUGGCCUUUUUUUCUUGCCUUAUGAGAGAGGGUAAAUAAUAUAUACCUCUAUCAUGUCAGUUCUGAAUCAUUUCCUUCCCAAACCAAUUUGUUCUUUAUAAAGCUAUGUAACUGGGAGGAGAUGCUAUCAUUCUGUGUGUGUGUGUGUGUGUGUGUGUGUGUGUGUGUUGUGUGUGUGGGGGGGCACCCUGCCUGCUGAUGGGGGAAAGCUUUACAACAGCUGCCAUUUUGAAUUUCAGUACAGAUACAGAGACACUCACUGUAGUCACUCUCUCUCUCUCACAUGGAGACUCUGUAGUUUGUUGUUUUUCUUAAUCUGAAAUAAAUCAUCUAGACUGAAAAA